UUUACAAUAUGGUAAAAAAAUAAACUACUGAUUACAGAUAAAUAAAAUAAUCUUAAUAAUUUCUCUCAUCAAUUGUUUAUGUUAAAUAUAAGUAAUUCGAAUGUGUCUUAUUUUUCGAAUACUAAAUAUGCUUUUGUAUUGGAAUAACUGUUUUAAAUAUAUAGGCCUAUGAAUUACAUAUCUAUACAAAUUUUUAUUUUUAUUUCAGUCUUAGUACAACAUAUGCCCUUAGCAAUGCUACCGUUUCAUUUAUCGGCUGAUGAUAAAGUCUUAAAUAAAAUAUUUCCAUCAUUAUUUGUUUAUGUCAAUUAUAAGUAUUUUCGAAUACUAAAUAUGCUUUUGUAUCGAAAUAACUGUUUUAAAUAUAUAGGCCUAUAAAUUACAUAUCUAUACAAAUUUUUUUUUUAUUUCAGUCUUAGUACAACAUAUGCCCUUAGCAAUGCUACCGUUUCAUUUAUCGGCUGAUGAUAAAGUUUUAAAUAAAAUAUUUCCAUCAUUAUUUGUUUAUAUCAAGUAAUUCCGAAUACUAAAUAUGCUUUUGUAUCAAAAUAACUGUUCUAAAUAUAACAAAUUUUCCUUAUUAUUUCAGUUAUUGUAAAUCUUAGACAAAGCAAUUUCAGCAAUGUUACCUUUAUCUUUAUUAAAGACGGCUGUGAACCAUCCCAUGCUGGUGGAAUUGAAGAAUGGAGAAACGUAUAACGGACAUCUUGUUAAUUGUGAUAAUUGGAUGAAUAUUAAUCUGAGGGAAGUCAUCUGCACUUCAAGAGACGGCGACCAUUUUUGGAAAAUGCCGGAGUGUUACAUACGAGGCAGCACAAUCAAGUAUCUACGAAUUCCCGAUGAAAUUAUCGACAUGGUAAAAGAAGAAAAUUUCUCUAAAGGUCGCGGAAGAGGGCGAGGUCCAAGGGGCCGUGGAGGAGGCCCGAAUAGAGGUGGAUUUGGAGGUCGUGGAAGGUCACAAGGGGGAGGACGUGGAGGCCAGGGAGGGAAAAAACCACAAAGACCCAAACCCCAAGAGUGAUAAAGGGGAAUCAAUUUGAUGUGUCUGUUUGGAGGAGAAACUACUACAAGUCAUUCUUGUGUGGUUACUGAAAGAAAUUCUUGUCUGAUAAGUUGACUUGAUUAUUUAUUCACAUACCACUAGCUCGUGGCUCGAUUCAUGAUUAGUUUUUUUGCUAAAUAACCAUUCAAAGUUGAGUCUCAUUUACCUCUGAUUGAGUGCCCAUAAUGCACCAUUAUAGUCAUAGUCUAGUUUAUUUUUUCCCAUUCAGUAAAAAAUAACAUACGAAAUUAACAAAAUACAAAACUGAAAACACAUUUUUACUGGGGAAGGGAAGUCGCGGGGAACCAGGAAUGGUUAUCGAGCAGCGACACCCGACAUUAUGAUUCUAUAUUGUUCCAGUAGCUUUGACUUUUUUAGUGAUUGCACAUAACUUCACUCAGAGAUGAGUCCACUUUACUUUUUGGUGAGUGCGCAUAGUGCUUCAUGAUUCUAUAUAUUUUUAGUGGUCGCUUUCUGCGAUUGCACAUGACUUCGCUCAGAGGCGAGUCUUCUUUACUUUUGAGAGAAUUCUUUUAAUGGAUAAUUUGAACUACGGUCUCUUGUCUGGUCACAAGUUUAGGGUGGAUAUAAAAAUAGUUACCGUAUGUACUUUUUAGUUAUGUAAUUCACUUCAGGUUCGUGGACUUGAUAGCCAGGAAUUUUCAAAGGGGGGAGGGGAUUCUUAAAUUUUAAUUGCCAAGUUAAACCAUAACAGCUAGUGGGUCUCAAUGCUUGCAAUAUUCGAGAAAUUGAAUUGCCUUACAUGUUCUCUCCCCGGGCUUUGCCCUUGUUGGUGGCGUCCUAAACUAAAAUGUCUCGUGUUUUAAACCUCAAGCUUUGGCAAUAUUCCUGAAUUUCAGCUUUGUGUGUUUGUAUUUUUGUACCAAUGUUAUUUCACUAAUCAAUCAAGUUUGGAAUACAGAAUAACUGCUGCAAUGUGAACACUGAAUAAAUUUGUGUGGGAACAGGA